GGUAUUUUAGCUGUACAUUUUUGGUUAGUUCAUCAUCUGAAUCUCGAACAGUCUCAUAUUUACCCAUCAGGAUGAUUCUUCCCAACCAAAGAGUGUUAGCUGUCGUAUGUUGGAUGAUGUGUGUGAGACUCACAGUGUCCCAGGGUUCACAUCCAGUUCCUACUCUCAGUUAUGGGUACAGAGUGAAUGAAAGUGAUAUUCAGCUGUACACUAAAGUCGUUUUUGAAUGUGCGGUCAAAUAUAAUGCUCUAUUUCCCAUAAAUAUAUAUAUCGGCAAGCUUGAAAGCCCAUCACAGAGCCCCGAAACCACAGAACCCUGGGAAGCCUCUGAUGGCAUUUACUUUUCGAAGACAAUUAUUUUCACUGUCAUUACCCAGCCUGCCACAGAGGGAGAUGUAGUGUGCUGGUACAAAUCCACUCGCAAUGGACAGACGUCUGGAUUCAGUAACCCCCUUAAAUUAGUCAUAUCAUCCCUCCCUCCUCCCAAAGUGACUUUGCAUCCCAAACUAUUUGCUUUUGGUGGAAAUUACUCUGUGUACUGUGAUUCAACUGCUGAUAAGGCAACUAACUUCUCAAUGAGUUUGUAUUACCGCUACCUUCCUGUGACCCCUAACACCACCUUGACCAGCCUGGGUUCUGUGAAUCUCACAGGAAACCACAAUAGGAUCAUUUUAACACAGACAAAUGUAAACUUUCAAGCAGAAUUUGUCUGCACAAUGGAGAUGUUGUACAAAGGAAAAGUCCUACGCUCACCGCUGUCUAAUUUUGAGGAAGCUAUACCUGAGGAACUUUCGAUCCAACUCCAGAGUAAAGGCAGUGCAGGUGGUUGUCUGGGAAAUUUAUAUAUCAAGCUCAGAGACAAAUGGACAGGUGUUUGUCAGGAAGACAUCACCACAGCGUCUUCAGAAGCAGCAGCAGCAUCUACAGCUGAAGUGGCAUGCAGGGAAUUGGGAUGUGGACACGUGAUUGGCUGGAGGAGGGUUGACGACAGCUAUAUGGGUGGUCCUUCAACUGGUGGAGUUAGAUGCAAUGGGAGUGAAAAUAAGAUUAGAGAUUGUCCAAUGGAUGAUUUUAAGUACUGCAUAAAAUAUACUCUCCGCAUAGUUUGCUCAGAUGCACUGCCUCCUCCUAAGCUAUCAGUGAUUGGACAUGGCCCUGUCUCCAAACUGUAUGUCAAUGACAAACAGUCUGUGGAUAUCUCCUGUUCCUUCAACUCACCAUUCUUGACAUCAUAUGACACUACGGACAUGGUCUUCAGGCACAAUGGCGUUGUUUUGAGAGACCCGUACACGAGACCAAACAGCAGCAGUCUGUUGACUAUAUAUGCCACAGUGGCCGAAGGAGAAUACGACUGUGUGUUUAAACUUGAUAGGACGUUCCUGUCCCAGCCCAGCAACCCGGUCUUUAUUUACAUAUACAAUCCACCUGAUGCAGCGCCAAUCGUGGCAGGUGUUCUUACGACUGUAGUUGGGGCAGCAAUUCUCUUAUAUCUUUGUGUAUUUAGAGCAACACAAGUGAUUGAAAGCAAUGAAACUGCACCAAGCGCCUGUGACCCGGAGGCAACCAACACCCAUACAACAAAGCCAGAGAGCAACUUGAACCACUUACCUCAGCAACUGUAAUCCAGUGGAAUUUAAUUUAUGGUUUACAGGCUUAGUAAGUGAAGCAAUGACAUGAAUCAUCUUGACAAGCUUCCUCGUGAAAUACUAUGUUGGAUGAAUGGUGAUGUGUUGAGUGGUAUGGACUUCAACAUAAAGGGUUUUUCUUCAAGGCAAAUUCUUUUAGUAAGUGUUUCUAAAGUUAACUUUUUUUUAAAUGAAUGCAUUAAUAAUGUGUCCUAUAAAGAAGGUCCACUUUGCACGCUAUGCAUAUAAUGAGAAUAUAAUUUAAUACAAAUACCUGUGCAUUAAUGUACCUUUAUUGUAUCAGCUUUGAUGUAUUGCUCAAUUAAAUAUCUUAAUGUUU